UCUAUAUCAAGCCUCCUGCUUUAAUAAUUUGAGACCCAGAUGGCUGAACCAAAACAAUUUGGAUGACAUAGUUAUCCAAAAUGAUCCCAAAUUAAUCUUCUUAUGUUGAUGUAUGAUAAAACCAGCAAAGCAAAGCCAAUAGAAUUCCCAUCCACAAACACUCCACCAAUCCGUAAUAAUGGCUACUUGGCUCUCUCUUUCCAAGUUCCUCUCCUCCUUUUUGCCUUCCAUUCCUCCACCACCACCGCCGCCGCCGCCCAAAGCGCCUCUUCUCAACAACCUUUCACUCUCAUCCCAAAAGCCCAAAAGCACUCUCCUUUCGUUGUCAGCUCAAGAGGAUCAAUCUCCUUCAUCAUCAACUGAAUUGUCAUCAGUUAUAUGCCCUUCCCUUGCAUAUUCGAAUACUCUUUUCUUCAAAUCAGCUUACAACGUUCAGGUUAUUGUGGAUGAUAAUGAACCUGAAGAAAAGCUGCUUAACAGGUUCAGAAGGGAGGUGAUGAAAGCUGGUGUUAUUCAAGAGUGUAAAAGAAGAAGGUUCCAUGAGAAUAAGCAAGAUGAGAAGAAACGUAAGUCACGCGAGGCUGCUAAGCGGAAUCGUAGAAGGUUUUAUUGGUUCUUGAUUUGAGGGGAAAAAAAGAGAAGGGCUGAAGAAUUCAUAUGAAAUUUAGGCAAAUUUGGUUUCUUUUGUGAAGCUUGAAAAACAAUGGGUGCAAUGAUAAAUAGAGCUAGAAAUUGUGAAUUCAGUUUAGUUAUGACUUAAAUGCUGAUCACAAGCCGUUUUGGUUAGAUAUUUGUAUGUUAGCCAUAGAAAAAAAAAACUUUGAAGCUUGGUGAAGAAUUCAUAUGAAAUUUAGGCAAAUUUGAUCCCCUUAGUGAAGCAUGAAGGAGAGUACGUAGGAGAAUAGAAAUGAUGCAAAGAGAAAUAAAGCUAGAAAUUGUGCAUUCAGUAUGUUAGCCAUUGGAAAAAAAAACCAUUGAAGCUUGUUGUAGUUUUCUUUGGUUUGAUUUUACCAAUACAAUGGUUAAAUACGAAUUCAGUCAAUCUAUCUCCGGUAUAUGGUUUUAGGAGACAACUUCAUCAUCUUACAAUGAAGGCAUCAAAAUUUAGCACAUACAGUAGUGUUUAAGAAAGGUGUAGCAUUGAAUCUCAAUGGAUAUAUAGCUUGUUUAUUUGUAGUUUUUAUUAGUUUCCGAUGAACUUGGUAGAGCCUCCCCUUCUUAGGUUCUUGUUGAGUUUAGGGUCAAAAUUUUAUUUUGUGAAUGGUGAUUGGUGAGCAUCCUCCAUGUUGUUUUCUGCUAUAUUCUAUUAUUGUCUUCUUCAUCACUCUGAGCAGGCGUCCCCAAGCAAGAUACUCGCAACUGAGCAAACAAGAAGAAUCUUCAAAGAAGGACGAGGAUGACGAAGAUAACUGGGACAUGCCCGAUGCAGACUUUCCCUAUUGACUACAUUUAGCCAUGCCUUUUUAGUUACUAAUCUUUAUCUUUGGUUCUUGGUUGAACCCUCACCCUGUAAAUGUUUUGAGUAUAGUAAAAAUGUUCACUCCUUAAUAGCUUUCAAGGCAGUUUAUACAUCACCAUGAUUUUCCUGACCUCAGUAAGGCAGUUAGUAUCAGUUAUAUGUUGAAA